AUGGUGGUGGUGGAGAUGGCGAUGGAGCGAGCGUUCACCGGCGUCGUGCUCGUUGCCGUCCCCGCCAUGGUCGGCCUCCGUACUGCGGUGCAUCGCGGCGACGGCCGUGCACGCCACAGGAGACGACGUCGACUCGCAGAAGUCGUGGAACGUAGCCGACUUGGACAGCUUCGACAUGGCAACUCGUCGCCGGCUGCAGCCCCAUCCACUGCUGGACACUCCUCUAUUGAUCGCCCCGCCCACUUCCCUCCACACUCCGGGAGGCGAGGAGGCGGACGUGAAUGGCCGCCGCGGCCAAUUAUGUGCCUCGCACUUGACGAGGCUCAGUACCCAACAGCGUAA